UCAUACAAAGGGUUUUCUCAGGUAAACUAGAAGCAGUACGAUAUACUUCCGCUUAUCUAUAUCGGCCGCCGCCGCCGUCGCCGACGUAUAGUCCAACCGGAGAAUAGCUAGACGAAGAUGUUGCAGAGCAAGUCUUACGUGAGGAAGACAAAGCAAGGAAAAGUUGUCAAGGUCGUUAGAGAGCAUUAUUUAAGGGAUGAUAUUUAUUGCGGAGCUACCUUUUGCAAAGUCUGUGAUGUAGCUGGGGCGCGGUUAAGCGCCUCAGCUCCCCUUAUUCUUCUUCUCGACACUAACGUUGUCCUCAAUCAGAUUGACCUACUUGAGAAUCCAGCAAUUAGUGAUGUGAUCAUGUUAUCCGUGGUGCUCGAUGAGGUUAAAAAUAAGAAUAUUUCGGUUUAUAACAGAGUUAGAGCUCUAUGCAGUAACACAGCCAAGAAGUUCUUUGUUUUCUCUAACGAGCAUCACAAGGAUACAUAUGUGAAGGCAAUGGUUGGUGAAAGUCCAAAUGAUCGGAAUGAUAGAGCUAUACGAGUGGCAACUCAGUGGUAUCAAAAUCACCUUGGUCAUUCAAUCAGAGUCCUCCUAAUUACAAAUGACAGAGAUAACAAGAGGAAAGCCAUAGAAGAAGGAAUUUCUGCAGAGACAGUUGAAUCAUAUGUGAAAUCACUUGGUCAGCCAGAAUUGCUUGACCUGCUUGUUCAGCCUUCUUCAGAGGAUGUAAGAAUGGAGGAUGUCGAAGAUUUAAGACCUUCAAAGAGAAAAGUGGUCUAUUCAGAGCAUAAGCCAAUGUCAGAAAUGAUCACUGGUCUGCGUCAUGGAAUUUACCAUCAAGGAAAGCUCCGUGUGAAUCGCUACAAUCCAUUUGAAGCAUAUGUAGGAAGUGAAAGCAUCGGUGAUGAGAUUAUUAUUUAUGGUCGGUCAAAUAUGAACAGGUCUUUUGAUGGUGAUAUAGUGGCAGUAGAACUAUUGCCCCAGGAUCAGUGGCAUGAUGAGAAGUCCCUCUCCAUUGCUGAUGAAGAGGAUGAAGAGGAAGGUGUUCAUCUGGUUCCAGGCAGUGCUGAUGAUGCUCCUAGGAUAACAAAUCUUGUUCAAGGUUCUUCAGACGAUCCACAUUCUGUACCUUCUCGUCCUUCUGGACGUGUCAUUGGAAUCAUAAAAAGAAACUGGCAUUCGUAUUGUGGAUCCCUGGAGCCAAUGUCUAUGCCUGCAGGCAGUGGUAGCAUUGCUCAUGCAAUGUUUAUGUCCAAAGAUCGCAGACUUCCCAAGAUUAGGAUUCAAACACGACAACUGGAGAAUCUUCUGGAUAAAAGGAUUAUUGUAGCCGUUGAUUCUUGGGAUUGCUCAUCAAGAUAUCCUUCUGGCCAUUAUGUCCGUACAAUAGGACAAAUAGGUGACCAAGAUACUGAAAGUGAGGUAGUUUUGAUAGAGAAUGACAUAGAUGCCAGGCCAUUUUCUUCCCAAGUUUUGUCAUGUUUGCCACCACUACCCUGGUCUGUAUCCUCUCAGGACCUGGAAAAUCCUAUCAGGAAGGAUCUACGUCACCUGUGCGCCUUUAGUGUAGAUCCUCCUGGAUGCAGGGAUAUUGAUGAUGCAUUACACUGUACGGCUCUUCCAACUGGGAACUAUGAAGUUGGAGUCCAUAUUGCUGAUGUCACAAAUUUUGUUCACCCUGGAACGCCUCUUGAUGAUGAGGCUAGUCAACGAGGCACAUCUGUUUACCUUGUUGAACGACGGAUUGACAUGCUUCCUAAGCCUUUGACAGAGGAUAUUUGUUCUCUUCGAGCUGACGUGGAAAGACUAGCAUUUUCUGUUAUUUGGGAAAUGACACCUGAAGCUGACAUUAUCUCUACAAGUUAUACAAAGAGUGUGAUAAAAUCAUCUGCGGCGCUUUCUUAUGGUGAAGCUCAAUCAAGAAUGGAUGAUAGUCGCUUGACUGACUCAUUAACUAUGGACUUGCGAAAUAUGAAUGCUUUAGCAAAGAAAAUGAGGAAGAGACGUAUUGAUAGAGGAGCAUUAACUCUUGCUUCUGCUGAAGUCAAGUUCAAACUUGAUACAAAAUCAUUUGAUCCUCUUGAUAUUGGAAUGUAUCAAAUUCAAGAAGCAAAUCAGAUGGUUGAGGAGUUUAUGCUUGCUGCCAAUGUUUCAGUAGCAGAAAAAAUCCUCCAACAUUUUCCUAAUUGUUCAUUGCUUAGACGUCAUCCAAGUCCAACCAAAGAGAUGCUUGAACCCUUGCUUCGUACUGCUACCGCUGUUGGUCUUAAUUUGGAUAUAUCAACUUCUAAAAAUUUCGCUGAUUCACUUGAUCGUGCUAUGACUGAUGACCUUCUCUCGAACAAAUUAAUCCGCAUUCUGGCAACUCGAUGUAUGACACAGGCGGUAUAUUUUUGUAGUGGAGAUCUAAGUCCUCCAGAAUAUAUUCACUACGGGCUCGCCGCACCUCUCUAUACCCAUUUCACCUCUCCAAUCAGAAGAUAUGCGGAUGUCAUUGUGCAUAGGUUGUUGGCUGCAUCUUUAGGGAUAUACAAACUACCGGAGAUAUUUCGAGAUAGACCCCAGCUUACUAGCAUUGCUGAUAAUUUGAAUUACAGACAUAGGAAUGCUCAGAUGGCAAGCCGGGCUUCGGUGGAGCUUUUUACUCUAAUUCUUUUCAAGAAAAGCCCAACAGAUACUGAUGCGAGAAUCCUGAAGAUAAGAUCAAAUGGCUUCAUCGUCUUUGUUCCCCAGUUCGGCAUUGAGGGUCCAGUUUACUUGACGCAAAGGGGUGAUAAAAAAGGAGCUGGAGAAUGGGUGGUUGAUGAACAGAAGCAACAAGUAAGGAAGAUAGAUGGAACUGUUACUUUUGGCAUUCUUCAGUCUGUGAAGAUUCACCUGGAGGUGGUUGAGCCACAACCAAACAGACCAAAGCUCCAACUUAACCUUAUUUCCCCGAUCGACGACCAGCCCUAGUCUCUCAAUUGUGAGUUGUUUAUUUAUGUAGUGGUUAAUACGAGGGAAUUAGAUUGUGGUAUUUGAAUAUUGUCUACUCUUUUGUUCUCUCUGUUUUAAAGAAUUAUAUUAUAUUAUAUUUUGAAAUAGUUUUAAAAUUCAAUU